AUGUCCAGCGCAGCCCAGUCCGUUCAAUGUCAAGACGACAACCGAAAAGAGCGAAUGGGUCCCCCGGCGGUCAAAAGACGACGCAUAAUUGACACAAUCCUGUCGGAGUCGGACGGAACAAUUGAGGAUCAUAGAUUAUGCGACCAUUUGAUCAGUACCUAUUCGGAGACAAACAAAAAACUCAGAUCGAAGCUUAAGGAUACCCAAGUGAAGCUAUCAGGAGUUGAAAGUGAUUUUGAUGAUCUGGAAGCCAGACACUCCCAGUGUCCAUACUGGAUCCAGAAGAACGAAAGUCUCGUUGAGGCCUUGGAAGAUCGUUGCGAAACUCUUGAACGGGACAAAAAGACACUUCAAGAACGAUGCGAGUGGCUUUAUGCACAGCUCCAGAACCUUCAACUUCUUUCUCCUAGAGAACACCACAACGUCACAGAGAUGAUCUGA